CGCCGUGCGCGUGCGCGCUGCAGGUCGGCGCCGGGCGGGGGCGGAGCGGCAGUCGCAGGCCCACGCCGUAAACAGACAACAUGGCGGCCGCGGUGGCGGCGGCACCUGGGGCCUUGGGAUCCCUGCAUGCUGGCUGUGCUCGCCUGGUGGCCGCUUGCAGUGCGCGGCUGUGCCCGGGGUUGAGGCUGCCCCGCUCGUUGGCAGGCCGGCGGGUGGGCCCGGCGAUCUGGGCCCAGGGCUGGGUGCCUGCGGCCGGUGGUCCCGCCCCGAAAAGGGGCUACAGCUCUGAGAUGAAGACCGAGGACGAGCUGCGGGUGCGGCACCUGGAGGAGGAGAACCGAGACAGAGACAAGAACAUGGUCAAAGGCAUGGAGAUGUGAACAUGUGUGGUGUAUUUGGGACGUAACAUAAGGAAUUGUGGUGCUUGGAAUAAACAGAGCUUAUGGCAAAAAUGCACUCAGUAAAAAUCUUAUAAAAAUGCUAUCAAAAGCUGUGGAUGCUUUGAAAUCUGAUAAGAAAGUACGGACCAUAAUAAUCAGGAGUGAAGUCCCAGGGAUAUUCUGUGCUGGUGCUGACCUUAAGGAAAGAGCCAAAAUGAGUUCCAGUGAAGUUGGUCCUUUUGUCUCCAAAAUAAGAGCAGUGAUUAAUGAUAUUGCUAAUCUUCCAGUACCAACAAUUGCAGCAAUAGAUGGACUCGCUUUAGGUGGUGGUCUUGAACUGGCUUUAGCUUGUGAUAUACGAGUAGCAGCUUCCUCUGCAAAAAUGGGCCUGGUUGAAACAAAACUGGCAAUUAUUCCUGGUGGAGGGGGAACACAGCGAUUGCCACGCGCCAUUGGAAUGUCCCUGGCCAAGGAGCUCAUAUUCUCUGCGCGAGUCCUCGAUGGCCAAGAAGCCAAAGCAGUGGGCUUAAUCAGCCACGUUCUGGAACAGAACCAGGAGGGAGAUGCUGCCUACAGAAAGGCCCUGGACCUGGCCAGAGAGUUUUUACCUCAGGGACCUGUUGCAAUGAGAGUGGCAAAAUUAGCAAUUAAUCAAGGGAUGGAGGUCGAUUUAGUAACAGGGUUAGCCAUAGAAGAAGCUUGUUAUGCUCAGACCAUUCCAACGAAAGACAGACUUGAAGGUCUUCUUGCUUUUAAAGAGAAAAGGCCCCCUCGCUAUAAAGGAGAAUAAAAGGAAGAGAAAUUCUUAAGAUACCAAUGUAAUAAAUGUACUUCUGGAAGUGUCUUUCGGGUCCACUGUAUGCCUCAGCACAUAGAAUCUCAAUGACCAAAGUGAAGAGCAAAUUAUUCAUAUAGUGUAGUAAGAACCGGAAUGGACCCAUCCGUGUACUUCAUUCAAAUGUGUAAAUGUCAUACUCAUUUCAGAUUUGUAAAGCUAGUAGUGUAUAUUGUCAGAAACAGAAUCAAAGUUAGAUAUACAUUUUAAAAUAUUUACUGCAUAUGCGGCUUUCUGUUCCUAAUUUUUUAAUGUGAUAAUUUAUAUAUUGCACAUUCUAGGGGAUAAUAUUGAUUGUAUGUCUACUGUGCUGCAUUAAGAAAAUAAAAUUUCUAUAUACCAAAAAUGUGAAGGUAUACCAAAUGAAGUUUCUAAGUAAUUAAUGCAUAUGAACAGAUACAUAUAAAUCUACAUAUAUCUAAACCUGAAAAAUGAACUGAUAGAUACUCUGAGUGAAAACUACCUAAUACAAAUAAAAUCAGUGAAAAGAAAACAUGGGAA